AUGAAGCCAUCAACAUUUCGCACGGCGCGUCUCGCCCUCAACGGCCUGCAAAAACGGGCGUACUCUCAAUCCUCAGGACCCAGGCAUCUCAUGUCCAUCGCCGACCUCACACCCGCUGAAUUCUCAAACCUAGUUCGCAAUGCCGCUGCUCGCAAACAGGCCGCAAAGGCCGGCCGGACGCCGCCCUCACUCAGGACUUCUUUGUCAGGCCAAACGGUUGCCAUGAUGUUCAGUAAGAGAAGCACGAGGACGCGUGUGUCUACUGAGGCCGCGGUGACGAUGCUUGGUGGGCAUCCCAUGUUUCUGGGCAAGGAUGAUAUCCAGCUCGGUGUAAACGAAAGCCUGUACGACACUUCAGUCGUCAUCUCGUCAAUGACGUCCUGCAUGGUCGCCCGUGUCGGACCUCACUCCGAUGUCGCCAAUCUCGCCAAACACUCUAGCGUGCCGGUCAUCAAUGCCCUGUCCGAAGACUUCCAUCCUCUCCAGACCAUUGCGGACUUUCUCACCAUCCACGAAGCAUUCCCGUCUUUAGAAUCCUCUGCAGCUGGCCUGGGUCUCAACGGCCUGAAAGUCGCCUGGGUGGGAGACUCCAACAAUGUUCUCUUCGAUCUGGCCAUUGGCUGCGUCAAGAUGGGCGUUGAUAUCGCCGUUGCAUCACCUGUUGGCUACGGUAUCCCCGAUAAGAUGAGACAGCUCAUUACCUCUUCGGCCGAGGGUGUCAGUUCUCCAGGUAAUCUUACGGAGACUACGAUCCCCGAGGAAGCCAUCAGGGAUGCGGAUAUUUUAGUCACGGAUACCUGGAUUUCCAUGGGCCAAGAGAGUGAGCACCAGAAGAGGCUGAAGGCGUUUGCGGGUUAUCAGAUCACGAAUGAGUUGGCCAAAAGGGGUGGCGCUAAAGAGGACUGGAAGUUUAUGCACUGCUUGCCUCGACAUCCCGAGGAGGUCACAGAAGAGGUCUUCUACAGUCCCAAGUCUCUCGUCUUUCCCGAGGCCGAGAAUCGGCUUUGGUCCGCUGUUGCUGCACUCGAGGGCUUCGUCGUUAACAAGGGCAAAUUGCAAACGUAG